UCAGAGCGGAGCGGUGCCACGCACACUGCACGGCCCGCCAGGCCCACAGCACUUCUCUCUGACCCUGUAAGCGAAGCUGCCCAGACCCCGCAGCUAAGCGGGCUGUGCCGGGCCGAGCGUAGACUAGAGAGCGGGCGGGGAGGGGCAGGGAGGACAGCUCUGCCUCGGGCUUUUCUCCGCCUGGCCUCCAGGGGCUGACCCUGCCUGAGGGGUCAACACCCCUGCCUGACCUGCGGAAAGAGCACUGAUAAAAGGGUCAAGUGACAGCCAACGGUGCAGGCGUAGCAGGAGCCAUCGGCCAGUCCCGCCUCUGCCCCACGACCGCCAGCUGGGAAAUGCUCCAGGCUCUGGCCAAGGCCAGUGCGGCCCUGGUGCCCCGAGUGGCAGGCUGGGUGCGGACCAUGGCCUCCCACCAGCUGCUGGUGGCACCCCCACAGGCCCUGCUCAAGCCCCUGUCUGUGCCCCAGCGGCUUCUGCUGGGGCCCGGCCCCUCUAACCUGGCUCCCCGCGUCCUGGCUGCCGGGGGCCUGCCGCUGCUCGGACACAUGCACAAGGAGAUGUUCCAGAUCAUGGACGAGAUCAAGGAGGGCAUCCAGUACGUGUUCCAGACCAGGAACCCCCUCACGCUGGCCGUCAGCGGCUCGGGACACUGCGCCCUGGAGGCCGCCCUGUUCAACCUGCUGGAGCCGGGGGACUCCUUCCUGGUCGGGGUCAACGGCGUGUGGGGCCAGCGGGCUGCGGACAUCGGGGAGCGCAUCGGAGCCCGCGUGCACCCGAUGACCAAGGACGCUGGAGGCCACUACACGCUGCAGGAGGUGGAGGAGGGCCUGGCCCAGCACAAGCCGGUGCUGCUGUUCUUGACUCAUGGGGAGUCGUCCACCGGAGUGCUGCAGCCCCUCGACGGCUACGGGGAGCUCUGCCACAGGUACCAGUGCCUGCUGCUGGUGGACUCGGUGGCAUCCCUGGGCGGGGCGCCCAUCUACAUGGACCAGCAAGGCAUUGACGUCUUGUACUCCGGAGCCCAGAAGGUCCUGAACGCCCCGCCCGGGAGCGCCCCCAUCUCCUUCAGCGACAGGGCCAGGAACAAGGCCUACACUCGGAGGACCAAGCCCUUCUCCUUCUACCUGGACCUCAAGUGGCUGGCCAACAUCUGGGGCUGCGACGACAAGCCCAGGGUGUACCACCACACGACCCCCAUCGUCAGCCUCUACAGCCUGAGAGAGAGCCUGGCCCUCCUGGCGGAGCAGGGCCUGGAGAACAGCUGGCGGCAGCACCGGGAGGCCACGGCGUACCUGCACGGACGCCUGCAGGGGCUGGGGCUGCAGCUCUUCGUGAGGGAGUCGGCGACCCGGCUGCCCACGGUCACCACCGUGGCCGUUCCUGCUGGCUACGACUGGAGGGACAUCGUCAACUAUGUCAUGGACCACUUCGGCAUUGAGAUCACGGGUGGCCUCGGGCCCUCUACGGGGAAGGUGCUGCGCAUCGGCCUGCUGGGCUGCAAUGCCUCCCGGGACAGCGUGGACCGCGUGAUGGAGGCCCUGAAGGAGGCCCUGCAGCGCUGCCCCAAGAAGAAGCUGUGACGCCCCGGCCCACGCUGGCUGCAGGGGCCAGGAGCAAACAGACCCUGUGCGGUCAGGGGGCCUGGGGACAGCACAGCCGCUGACCCAAACGGGGGAGGUGGCACCCGAGGACAGGCCCCGCAGCGCCCCCGGCCCGGGCAGCCCUUCUCCCCAGGUGGGGCCUCCUGGGAACAGGCCACAGGAGCUCCGGACCCCGGUGCCGUCCCCAGGAGCUGCAGGCCAUGCAGGCCACCGGGCUUCUGGGCACAUUCAAUAAAAACCCACCUCACCUCUC